UUGAACGGAUUUGUGGCGUGGAAAUUACACUUUAAAGGUUAACUCCAAUAAAUAUGUGAAACAUCUUUAAAGUAAAUUAUUUUAUUUUAUAUGCACCUAUUUUUAAAAAGAGUUCAAAUACCUCUACGCAUAGGCAAAAUGGCGAACAGCAAAUUUGAAUAUGUGAGAAAUUUUGAGUCUGAAGACCGACUUCUACCAAAUUGUUGGAUCAUUGUGCGAAUAGAUGGCAAGAAUUUUCAUAAAUAUUCCUCUAAGCACAAUUUCACCAAACCCAAUGAUGCUCGAGCUUUAAACUUAAUGAAUAGAUCCGCUUUUUGUGUAAUGAAGGAGUAUAAAGACAUUGUAUUAUCAUACGGCGAGAGUGACGAAUACUCAUUUGUGCUUCGUAAAGAAACUGAACUUCAUAACCGCAGAGGGACAAAGUUAUUGACACAUAUUACCAGUUUAUUUUCGUCGUCGUACGUUUUUCAUUGGCGCGAUUACUUUCACGACCAAAGCAUGUUAUACCCACCGUAUUUUGAUGGUCGUAUAGUUUUGUAUCCCAGCGAUAACAAUCUAAGGGAUUACUUGUCUUGGCGACAGGUUGAUACUCAUAUUAAUAAUCUUUACAAUACCACUUUCUGGAAUUUGGUGCAAAAGGGAAAUUUAACAAACAGAGAAGCUCAAGAACGGUUAUCUGGAACGUUCUCAUCUGACAAAAAUGAGAUAUUAUUCAGCGAAUUUGGAAUUAAUUACAAUAAUGAGCCUAUUAUGUUCAGGAAGGGCACAAUAUUAUUGAGAAAAAAAAUUAAGAAUCCCCAUCGUGACAAGUUACAUCAGGUUGUUCUACCAAUUUUUGAAGAUAUGAUGCACGAUGAAUUUUGGAUUCAGCACCCUGAAAUCUUGUCGAAUAUACCUAAUGAAGGUUACAAUUUAGGAGAAGGGGAUGUUCAUGAAUUGGUGGAGUUACAAUUCCGAUUAAAUAAAAGACGAGAUAAAAGCAUUAUUUCCAUCACAGAAUAAUCAAUAAGAAAAAUUACAAACAGCUGCUAACAAUUGUUUCCAGAAACUUAGCAAAUAAACUAACAUUUCAUUGUACACUAUUAGCCUUAUAUUCAGUUUAUUAAA